CCGAGACCGGCGAAGACGACUAUACAGGUGACCAGUUCAUUGCUCGUCGGCACCAAUCCUCAAGAAAUCCCUAAUUUCAAAUCAAACCCGACAAAAUGUACUCAAAUCCUCCAUCUUGGACUGCCGAAAUUAAAAAUUAGGUCAUGUAAAUGGAGCUUGUUACAGAGCUAAAACUUCCAUUGUAUUUUAGACUCCACCACAGAUCUUCUCUAACUUCAAAAUCAGACCUCACACUCAUCUUCCCUUCCCAUUUUCCUUUGCUUUUGAAUCUUUAGUUUCUGAGAACGAAUCAUUUUUUAAAAUGAUUAAUCGAACCCAGUUUGUGGAAGAAACAAAUUUAUGUUGGCAGUGAUGCUAGGGAAGAGGGAGGUCCGAGAGGAGGUGGUGGCUGGUGGCGGUGCUCCACCGUGGGUUGAGAUGAGGAAACCAUUUGGGGGAGAGAGAAAGGGGAUGGGAUCAGAUGGUGUAUGUGCUUGUGUGAGGGUUUAAUGAGAAUGUAUUUUGUAUGAUGUGUCAUUUGCUCAUUGGUGGGUGCAAAAUUUGUUUUUACGAAGGGUCCGUGUAAAAGUUUAUCUCAUUUGUAGAAUUGUGCCAAAAAGAUACCAAAUCAAUUUGGCAAGUGAUUUUCCUACGACCUUGACUCCCAUCCAUCACCAUAGGAUCUCUCUCCAGAUUUUUUCUUUUGCCCCGGAGUACACUAUACGUGUAAAUCAGACCAAGACUUCCCAUGUGCUGUUUUGCACAUUUCAUCGGUAAACCACAGAUUUUUCCACAAUUGACUCAUUUGGCUGCACAGUUUCGUUCAUUACAAACUGAUUGAUUGAUUGAGAGAGAGAGAGAGAGAGAGAGAGAAGAGUCAAUGGGUCAAGGUCGCUAUUGUGGUGGUGGGUCAAUGAGGAAGGAGAGCAGGAAACACCCACUCAUCAAUGGAGUCUUUUUCCCUGUAGACCAUUCCAAUGUAGAAGAAGAACUUAGCCCCCACCCCCUAAAAUGCCCUCUUUUUUCUGACGACUUCUGCAAGUUACAGCAUUUCCAAGUCAACUAGCGUGUCAAUCUUAAAAUCUAAACAAUAAUAUAAUGUUUGGCUUCUUUAAUUGAUUCCUGCAAAACCAUCAUUUUCUAAAUAAAUAAAUAAAAAAGAAUCUCACCCCGUCCCAAAUAAAAGGGUCAGGGAGUUUCGUUCCUCUUAAACUGUGGGGUUUGUUCUGUCGUGCUAAAUUGGGAAUUUAAAAUGGGUUUCCCCUCUUUUUUACUAGCUUUAUUUCUUGUCUCUCAUCUUCUGGUUCUUCACUCUUUUGGUUUUUGUCCACCUUCCUUCAACUGCAGCGGACCUCUUGAUCCGAUCAAAAUCCCUCAUACCAACUCCCUAUAUGGGUUGUGUACUGUCAGUUGUGAUGAACCAGAUCCAAAGGUCAUAUGGAAGGGAAUACCUUAUCCAGUUAGCAACACAACCCCUGGUACAAAAAAAAUUAAUGACCCAGCACUAGAAACCCUUAUCCAAUCCAACAGUUGCGAUUUUUCCAGUUACAUCCCUACUUUCUAUGAUACUUCUUCCGUUUCCUUCACAAUAUUAUCCCCCAAUCUCACCAUCUUCAAAUGCGACUCCAGCAGCCCUGAACUUCAGCGGAAAGCAUAUGAGUACUUCCAUGAAAAUCACAAUACUUAUGAAGGAUGUGAAGGCGGCGGGUACACGGUUUACUAUUCACAUCCGAAUGAUCAAGUUGAUCAAGAUCCGACUCGGGGCAGUCAUCUGCCAAAUUGUCACCGUUUCCAACUCCCAUCAGUUGAGGAGGAGGGGGAUCCGCCUAGUGAUCUAUUCUCCUUAUUGACCUCUGAUUUCUUUGUUGAAUAUCAUUUGUCAGACGAAUGUCUCAAGUGUCGCGAUGAUGAUGGUGGCCUAUGUCUGCGUCACCCCCGAGAAUGCUCAAACGAGACAGGAGGAGUACAUGGGUUGACAUUGAUUCUAGGAACAGUUAUUCCUGGAGUUAUCCUUUUGCUUUUGCUUAUACUUAUCUUCCGGUAUCGGCAAAAAUGGAGGACUUAUAUUUCUUCAUGCACUAUUUGGAGGAACUCUUCUUCCGAUCUCUACUCAAAAGAAGACCUUGAAGAAGGCAGUGCCUACUUGGGGAUCUCUGUCUUCUCCUACUCUGAACUUAAAGAAGCCACUCAUAACUUUGAUCCCUCCAAGGAAUUGGGAGAUGGAGGUUUCGGCACUGUAUACUAUGGGAAACUACAAGAUGGGCGGGAAGUUGCAGUCAAGCGCCUGUAUGAGCACAACUAUAAGCGAGUGGCCCAAUUCCUGAACGAAAUUGAAAUUCUCACAACCUUGCGCCACCCCAGUCUAGUCACCCUUUAUGGCUGCACCUCACGCCACAGCCGAGAACUACUGCUAGUCUACGAGUAUAUUCCCAAUGGUACUGUUGCUGACCAUAUACACGGUGAUCGAGCAGAGGAUCACCCACUCCCAUGGCCGGUUCGUAUGAACAUAGCCAUUGAAACCGCCACUGCAUUGGCUUUCCUCCAUGCUUCUGAAAUCGUCCACCGCGAUGUGAAGACUAACAACAUACUCCUUGACAACAAUUUUUGCGUCAAAGUUGCAGAUUUCGGGCUUUCAAGGCUCUUCCCGAAUGAUGUCAGUCAUGUGUCAACCGCACCACAAGGGACUCCUGGUUAUGUUGAUCCAGAAUACCACCAGUGUUACCAACUUACCACUAAGAGUGAUGUCUAUAGCUUUGGGGUUGUUCUCGUAGAGCUUAUAUCAUCACUGCCGGCUGUUGACCUAAGUAGGCAUAGGCACGAGAUCAAUUUGGCCAACUUGGCAAUAAACAGAAUCCAAAAUGGUGCAUUCAAUGAGUUAAUUGAUACAUCUCUUGGGUUAGAGUCUGAUUCAUCAGUUGAGAGGAUGACUACCUCGGUUGCAGAGGUGGCUUUUCAGUGUUUGCAACUCGAAAAGGAAAUGAGACCUAGCAUGAAUGAGGUAUUGGAAGCUUUGAAGAAAAUCCAGGAGCACGAAGACGAGGAAAUAGAAAAAAUGCCGUCUCCCUCACCAGAUGGGGAUAAUGUUGAGCUGCUGAAAAGUAGCAAGGUGCCGCCUUCACCAGGUUCUGUGACCGACAGAUGGGUUAGUAGUUCUAACACUACCAUUUCCGGUGAGUAAGGUUUCUUUCAACUAUGAUUUACCUUGAAAGGAUCAAGCAUCUAUUGAAAUGUUUUAUUCUAUAUCUUUGUUGGUGUUGUAGAUCAGAUACUUACAGUAAGGGAAUGUAUAUAGUUAAUGGAGCUCUCAUUUGUAUACAUGAUUAGGUGGGGAUAUAUUUGAUGUCACAGUCAGUUACUUCCUGCUGUAUUGGGUGUGGCUUUCUACUAUAAACAAAUACAAAUAUUUAUCUUAUAUCAGAAGUUCAACUUUUAUU